AUGGGCCCAAAAGCCAAAAAAGCAAAACUAGAAAUCGGUGGCGUUGAUCUGGAAUAUGUAAAAAAUGUAAAAAAAAUGUUUGAUAAAGUUGUCUCGAGUAAAAUUUUUUAUUUCAGCAUAAUCUAUCCUACAUUUGCGGAUAUUGUCAAGAACUUGUGGGCGGAUCCGACGAGCAGCGAGCCGAACACGUCAACAAGCAUGCGGUUAUUGUGAAAAAAUAACAUUUUUUCUAACUUUUGAAAAUUUCAGACCGAAAUCACCGCUUGUCGAAAUUGUUGUGCUUUCGUAAAACUCACAGAAACCAAGCAGCAUACUCAACAGUUUCACAGUUUGUUUUCUUUGUUUUCAACUAUUUUUGUUGUAAAAAGCAUUAAAUUUGCAGAUGAUUACCCGGGCCGUGUCAAAUAUGAGCUUGACGAUGCGUUGAUCGAAUUCCGAAUUCAAACGGGCAAAAGUUUCUCGACUUUUUGGGGAAAUCGAGAGAAAAACGAUAGUCAGUGUCUUUUUUUGUACUUUUUAGCUGGUUUGAAAACAAUUUCAAUCAAUUUCAAGAAAUCGUGUGCAAUUUCCCUCGUUUCGUGAAAACGCUGUACUCGAAACACAAAAACGGGCGGUCGCUCGGCGUUUUUCGCAUUCGCAAGUCGCAAUUCUACUGGAACUGCCCGAUUUGUAGCGAUUUUCCGGUCUUGAAAUUCGGCGACACGGUCGGUAUGCGCUGCUCGGUUUUGAGACACUUGGAGCACUUUCAUCGGCAAGAAAUCGAUCAGAAUGCGCCCGGAUUUUUCGAGAGCGAGUGGUAUGAUUUUUUUAAACAAGAAUCAAUAGAGUUCACAUUAAUUUCUAUUUUUAGGGAUCUUCUCGAAGAAGAAACAAAUUUCGAUGUCCGUUCUCUCAUAGAAUCGACCGAAAAGUGUCUGAAAGUGAAAGAACGCAGCAUGCACACUUUUUAUACCAUCAAUUUGUCGCGUAUCGUCAACGGAAGCUCCCUACUGUCAGCGCUGCGAAAAAGGAGCGGAAUCCUCGAGGAUUCUGUUCGUUUUUGUCUCGUUUGCAACAGUUUGGUGCCCACAAGCGGGAUCUAUAAUCAUUUUCGAUUGAAAAUGCAUUUGGAGUUGAAUGCGUAAGAAAAUGGGGCGUUUUUGCGUUCAGAAUCGAAAAAUUGGUUUUCAGAAAGGCUGAAAAUACGAUUUUCUCGCAUAAAAUAGAGGCGAAAAAGGAAAAGGAGAACGACGUUAAGGAAGAGAUCGUGGAGGAAAAGAUGGGACCGAAAAAUUUCCAAUUUCCCGAACAAGUUUUCGAGUAUUCCACCGUUUUUAAGGUUUUUCUCUCAAAUUCCCUAACGUCUGAGCUCGAACUCUGUUCAGACUUUGCGAAAAGACGAGUUCAAAUGGCGCUGUCUGCUGUGCCGAAAACGCCACGCACACAACACGUUUGCCACGUCGAUCAUCAUGCGAAUGUACGCUCUUCGGCACCUCGACGAGCACCAUCGAUUUCUGUUCACCGACGAGUUUCUGGAAUUCGAAUGGAGUUCUUUGAGAAACGAAAUGCGGGCGCAGUUCGAUAUUAGACAUUUCACGCCGCUCCAGUACACCCUUAAGGGCGAGGAGACUUUUAAUAAAAAGUAUGGGCUUUUUUUGGGGACUCUAACUUGACCCUAACUUUUCAAGAUUAUUCAUGAUGGAGUUUCAGCCCGAUUGGUUAAUCGGAACUGGAGAUUUAGUGAUUUCAUUCCUCAAACAACAUAUCUCCAGACCAGAUGCUUCGAUCGGGCUGAAACUUUCAAUGUAGAGUCUCCGUGUCAAGAUUCAUUUUCUUGUAAACUUUGGAUCCGAUUGGAAAUUUGAUAAUAUUUAACAAGCCCAUGACUUCAGUGAUCCGAACGACUACGUGCUCCCCCAACAACCGUACUUUCUCCCGAAAGAAUGCGCUCCGAAUACCGUAAUCUGCGGAUUCUGCUAUCGUUCUCUCCGCCACGACGAAUUUCUUCAGCACAUUGUGAUUCACGGAUUCGGACGUGGAGGAAGGUGCUCCAGAAGCUCUGAUUAAUAGAAUGCAAUUUUUGUUAAAUUAUAGAAAAGUGCCGGAGCUGAAGGCGGCGUCGAUCGAUAGCACAGUGAGCUCUCUGAUGGGACAGGAGGAGUUUGUGGCCGAAGAACUGGACGAUGAGCCGCUCAACAUUUUGUCGAUCGACGGUAAGCGGCUCAAACAGAAGAUGGAAGUGGUUUCGGAGCGGUUUUACAGUAGUCAGCCCGCUUAUUCGGAUGUUACGACGCCGGGAGGACCGGAUACGGUAUAGGAAGAGAUUUCUAGGCCUCCAUCUGAAUUGCAACUUUUUUCAGCCAAGAAGAAAUCGAAAAUCGGCUGUCGACGCGCGAAAACUGCUCGCCGACACGUUCCGAAUUCUGCAGGAGAACGCGAAGAAUCAAAAGCUCGGACACUCCUCCGCCUCGUCGUGCUCUUCGUCUUCAGAUGACGACGAUUCGGAAGAGGAACGCUUCGAGAAAAAGAUCCAAUUGGAGAUGUUCACGACAAAGGAGCGAAAAGAGAGGAAGAAUGUGCAAAACCGAAACGAAUCCGGCAAAAGAAACUUGAAAAAGAUGAAACCGGCGGAAAUUAACCAGUGGAUUCGAGAAGAAGCGGGUCGAAUGGGCGUGGAAUGGACCGGCGAUCGUUCAAGCUCUUCUCCAGAAUCUUCCGAAGACGAUGAUGACGUGGCGGAUUCGAAAAAUUUGGACGGGGAGGAGAACAAGUGGUCGCGCAUGAAUCUCCAAGAUAUCAAGACUUUGUAAGUUGUCUAGCAAGUGCGCUCCGCCGCAAAAUUAGCUUUGAAAAGUCAAUAAUUUCGCAUUUGUGAAUUUCAGAAUCCGAGCGGCGGCCGCAGAAAAGAGCAUCAAAUUCACUGAAGACGAUUCGAGCGAUACGGACAGUGAUGAUUAA